AAUUUAACCCAUUGAAGAGCGAGGUUGAUUUUGAAAAAAUUAAUUUGAGGCUUGCAAUCACCUUUUCAAGAGCUCGUCGAUCAAAACUCUCGGGUUUACAAUUUGAGUAAUCUCUCAGUCGCGCGGCCCAUCGGGCCGCCUGGUGGCGUUCGAGCCGAGAAAUAUCUAAGAUAGUGCUAAUAGUGACCAGACACGUCGGCGGCUCGCACGAUAAAUCGCGUCUCCUGUGCGUCGAUCUUUCAUCCAUCUCUUCUCCGUACCUUCACCUGACCUUCCGAUACUUGGGACGGCAGAUUCCACUGAAGAUGGGGCAAGCUUUUUGUUGCAUUCAAGUAGAACAAUCAAAUGUGGCUAUCACAGAAACCUUUGGGAAGUUCGAAGAUGUGCUUGAUCCUGGUUGCCAUUGUUUACCCUGGUGUUUUGGAAGACAAUUAGCUGGUAAACUUACCUUGCGUGUGCAACAGCUGGAUGUUCGUUGUGAAACGAAAACCAAGGAUAAUGUGUUUGUUAAUGUGGUUGCUUCAAUUCAAUAUAGAGCCUUAGCUGAAAAGGCAUCAGAUGCUUUCUAUAAGCUCAGCAAUACAAGAUCUCAGAUCCAAUCCUAUGUCUUUGAUGGUAUGCAUGUUGCAUUAGCUCAUACUUAUUUAAGAAACUUAAUCAUGUCUAUGUUACUCCCUCUUUCGUGUUUACAAUGGUACCUACUCUGAACUUAAGCUCUGUAACUUCUGCUUGUAGUUUUUGCUGUCAAUUGCACCGUUGAAGUUUCUGUUAUCUCUACUUAGGAUAUG